AGGUUGGCUUUCGAGAGAGCUCUUAGUUUAGACUCACAUUGUACAGGAGCAAUGACAGGGCUUGCUAUCCUUGAAUUGAACUCAAAAAAGGUAGGAGUGGUUCGUUUAGCAUUCAUUUCCUACCAUCUCUUACUGAAAUCAGAAAAAAAUUAUCUUGGGUUCUGUUCUGUCCCAAGUAGAAGGGUCACCCUUCCUUCUGGUUGGUCAAGCCAAAGUGUUUAUAUGCAGAAAAGUUGUUGCCCACCUGGAAUAGCUCUGCUAAUUGUUGGGGACAUAGUCCUAAAUUAUUUGCAAAUCAAAUAAACAUUUGUUGUUGUUGUUGCUAUAGUAGGGUGACAGGUGAUCUGGCUAGGCAAGUUACCCUUCUAGCUAAGCCAACUUUUUGUUUCUCAUGUACACUAAAUGGUUUGCCAUGUUUUGUAAGGAAAUGUACAUGUAUGAAAAGUUGGCUCGCCAAGAGUAGCUCGUGUAGGCGGGUGACCCUUUUAUCUCGGGCAACUUUCCUCCAUAAUUAUAAUUGGGACCUUAGUUAACUACAUGUAGCAGAGAUUCCAACCCUCCCAAUCUGGCCUGAAACCUCCCAUUUUUGGCAAAUAUUUCUGGCCUCCUGUUUUCGCUGAAUAUUCUCCCAGUUUCUGAAACUUUUCCUAGCUAAAGAAAUAUGUUUUCUUUUUUUAACCAGUCUUUUUAGAAUGAAUCUUUGCCAUUUUUCUGUGGUUGCUAAGCCAUUUUUUAUACCUUUUGGCAUCCAAGCAUGAGACUGCGAUAAUUUUGGGUGUGGUUGCGCAUUGACUUUGAACUCAAAAUGCAGGAAAUGGCAUCUUAGAGGCACAUAUCAUAAAAUGGAGAGGCUCAAGGGAGCAGAUAUGCUGCUCCUAAAACCUCCCUUUCUUUAGUUGACAGGGUUGGAAACUCUGAUGUAGGUAUAUUGUGUCUAGCUUAUUACAGUAUUAUGACUGCAUGUUUAAAUCUUUGUUUUAUCAUAGGUGGACUCUAUUAAAAAUGGGGUUCAACUGUUGUCAAGAGCAUAUACACUGGACAGCUCUAAUCCUAUGGUUCUCAAUCAUCUGGCAAACCAUUUCUUUUUUAAGAAGGUACAUGUAAACAGUAUGGUGCAUACUCUUACAACGAAUCAGUCGCUUUGUAGUUUGAAGAAAAGGAUGUUCGAUAUUUACACUCACAAUACACUCUAUCUUAUGUCCUCCCAGCCAGUUGGNCCACCUGGAAUAGCUCUGCUAAUUGUUGGGGACAUAGUCCUAAAUUAUUUGCAAAUCAAAUAAACAUUUGUUGUUGUUGUUGCUAUAGUAGGGUGACAGGUGAUCUGGCUAGGCAAGUUACCCUUCUAGCUAAGCCAACUUUUUGUUUCUCAUGUACACUAAAUGGUUUGCCAUGUUUUGUAAGGAAAUGUACAUGUAUGAAAAGUUGGCUCGCCAAGAGUAGCUCGUGUAGGCGGGUGACCCUUUUAUCUCGGGCAACUUUCCUGCAUAAUUAUAAACGGGACCUUAGUUAACUACAUGUAGCAGAGAUUCCAACCCUCCCAGUCUGGCCUGAAACCUCCCAUUUUUGGCAAAUAUUUCUGGCCUCCUGUUUUCGCUGAAUAUUCUCCCAGUUUCUGAAACUUUUCCUAGGUAAAGAAAUAUAAUGUUUUCUUUGUUUAACCAGUCUUUUAGAAUGAAUCUUUGCCAUUUUUCUGUGGUUGCUAAGCCAUUUUUUAUACCUUUUGGCAUCCAAGGAUGAGCCUGCGAUAAUUUUCGGUGUGGUUGCGCAUUGACUUUGAACUCAAAAUGCAGGAAAUGGCAUCUUAGAGGCAAAUAUCAUAAAAUGGAGAGGCUCAAGGAAUAAAACCUCCCUUUCUUUAGUUGACAGGGUUGGAAACUCUGAUGUAGGUAUAUUGUGUCUAGCUUAUUACAGUAUUAUUAAUGCAUGUUUAAAUCUUUGUUUUAUCAUAGGUAGACUCUAUUAAAAAUGGGGUUCAACUGUUGUCAAGAGCAUAUACACUGGACAGCUCUAAUCCUAUGGUUCUCAAUCAUCUGGCAAACCAUUUCUUCUUUAAGAAGGUACAUGUAAACAGUAUGGUGCAUACUCUUACAACGAAUCAGUCGCUUUGUAGUUUGAAGAAAAGGAUGUUCGAUAUUUACACUCACAAUACACUCUAUCUUAUGUCCUCCCAGCCAGUUGGGUAUAGGGUGAUACUUAUGUGUAUCAUAUGUGUAGGGGAGCGGGGAAAAGGGUGGUUAAGGUUGGGGGGAAAGGGGUGUCUACUAUUUUAUUGUAUUCUGUUUGGUUCUUGGGACAGGAUAUCAACAGGGACAUUGUCCUGUCGCUUGCUCCAGUUGCAUUAUUUAUUUAUUAAUUUAUUUUUAUUUUACUUUUUUUCUUUAUCUAAUGUAUUUUAUAUUUUUAUGUACCUAUUAACUGAUAACAUGCAACGAAUUCAAUAAAGGAAAGUAAUGUACUUGCUCAGUAAGAAAAUCUACUUGUCCCAGACUACCGCAGGGGAUUCUCAGUGAGCCCUGCUCUUACCUCCAUGAAUGAUCAUCUUAGAGAACUUAGUUAACUGUUCAACAAUUAUGCUUGAACUUUCUCUGACAGGAAUAUAACAAAGUCCAGCACUUGGCUCUUCAUGCAUUUCAUGGUACUGAAGUAGAGGCCAUGCAGGCAGAGAGUUGUUAUCAAAUAGCUAGAGCCUUUCAUGUCCAAGUA